AUGGCCGUAAGCAACCAUGGCUCACGGUCAACGUCCUACACCAUGACGCCCUUGGAGGACCGGUUCGAAGUGAUCAGGGAGAUCGGAGACGGUAGUUUCGGCAGUGUUGCUCUUGCACGUGUGCGCGGAAAUGGCGCCAAUGUCGCUCGUCGGAACACGAUGGUGGCCAUCAAGACGAUGAAGAAGACGUUCGACUCCUUUCGACCCUGCUUAGAGCUACGCGAGGUCAUAUUUCUACGGACUCUCCCGACACACGCCCACCUGGUUGGCGCCCUGGACAUCUUCUUGGAUCCUUUCAGCAAGAAAUUACACAUCUGUAUGGAGUACAUGGAUGGCAACCUGUACCAGUUGAUGAAGUCCCGGGAUCACAAAUGCCUGGAUGCGAAGAGCGUCAAGAGUAUCUUGUACCAGAUCCUGUCCGGGCUCGAUCACAUACACGCUCACCAUUUCUUCCACCGAGACAUCAAACCAGAGAACAUUCUGGUCUCCACCUCAGCACCGCAAGACUCUCACUCUGCGUUCAGCAGGUAUUCUUCCUUGGUCACGCCUCCCGCCACGCCGCCGACAUAUUCGAUCAAGAUCGCCGACUUCGGUUUGGCCCGUGAAACUCACUCCAAGCUACCCUACACCACUUAUGUGUCUACCAGAUGGUAUCGAGCCCCUGAAGUCCUGCUGAGGGCAGGUGAGUACUCUGCCCCGGUGGACAUGUGGGCGAUUGGAGCCAUGGCGGUCGAGCUCGCGACGCUCAAGCCUUUGUUUCCCGGCGGCAACGAAGUCGAUCAGGUUUGGCGCGUCUGCGAGAUAAUGGGCAGUCCAGGAAAUUGGUAUACCAAAUCUGGCACUCGAGUUGGUGGCGGCGAAUGGAGGGAAGGAACGAAACUGGCCCAGAAACUCGGUUUCUCGUUCCCAAAGAUGGCGCCUCACGCAAUCGAGACUAUUCUACAGCCUCCACAUUGGCCGCUGGCCUUCAGCAAUUUCGUCAGUUGGUGUCUGAUGUGGGAUCCCAAAAGCCGACCAACAUCCAAACAAGCCAUGGAGCACGAGUUCUUCGCAGAUGCUGUUGACCCUCUCAGACCAAAAUCGUCGUCCAAACUCCUAGGUCGCAAGCAUUCCGAUCUGAGUUUCCGAUCCAAGGACACAGCCGAGUCUCCAGUCAUCACCUCCAAACCCUCUUGGUUCCGGAGGUCCCUCAUUGCACGAGAGAGUGCUCCUGCCGUUCCACAACACAAUCCAGAUGCGAAAGUGGUACAAGCGGAGCCGGAGAGUCUGGUUAGCAGGCUGCGACCCCAUGCCAACAAGCGCGCGACGUGGGCUAACGGCGCAAUUUCGGGCGGUGUGGCACCAAUGCCCAUACUGCCAUCGAUCCGGCCCAUCUCACCUUUACCGAACGCCAUCACGGCACAAGCGAGCUCGGCGUUUACAGUACAAUCUGAACCGAACUCCAACCCAGCAGAGCAGAGAUCGAAGAAGAUCGGACGUCAACUCUCCAUCAACUCCCACGGCAACCACUAUGCUGAUGUUCACCGUCAAGAAGCGGAGCGGUCGUUGAAUGCAAAUAGCGGCCUUGCAUCGCCGCCUAGUGGCCACAAGGAGAGUUUCUUCUCGCACCUACGCAAACGUGCGAGACGUUUUUCUGGCAGGCAUGGGCUGGCCUCUCCCAGUGGGGAUGAUGUCGAGGCCAAUGCAGCAAACGUUCCAUGGUCGAACCGGUCUUCACUGAUGGUGGACAACAUCAUCCCUGAGGCCAACACCGACUUUUCGGACCUUGACCAAAUCUUGCAAAAUGUGAGAUAUAGUCUGGACCGCAACGAAGCCGAACCCAGGCAGAGAAGAUCCCGGACAGACCUCCCAUCCAAUCAAGGCAGUUUGAAAAGAACACACUCUGUCCCGCGAUCUCAGAGCAGCAGAUCCGGCGAAAAUCUGAACCAGAUUCCGGCGGCGACCACGGUGCGGUCGCGACGUCCUUUACAACUCAACCAGUAUGAAACACCGGAAGAAGCCGAUGAAUUGCUGGACGAAGCCCUGCGCUCGGUCAGCCGUGUGGCCAAACGUCUGGACCAGAACAAGGAGCAGCCACAUCGAACUGCGCUUGCGCAAAAAGACUACAAUCGCCAGUCGCUGCCACAUGUCUCCAGCGCCCCAUUGCUGCAAAGUGCUUACCUUACACCGUCUCCAUCUGCAAAGCGGAACGGGGUCCAGUUCAACCCGGGCAGCGUACACCAAACGCAACCGUUAAACAUCGCCAGAAAGCGCUCCGAGUACGAGCUUGUUCCUCCUCACUGGCCCACACCACCAUACGAGGAGAAUGAAUGGGCGGCCGCCGCUGCGAACAGUAUUUUUGCGGCCGGAUCAUCAAUCUAUCGAUAG